AUGAACAACGGACGCUCUUCGAACCUCCGUUCGGGCAACCCGAACAUGGGGCGUCAGGGCGGCAGCCCUCGAACCAUGGUCGUCGCAAUGGCCACCGUCGCUGCCGGUUUCGGUGGCUGGUGGAUGUUGCAGUUCCGCCAGCAAAACCGGAGCCAUAACUCUUCCGAUCCUGCGGAGAUGCCCACCUGGCAGCACCGUCACGCACAGCAAGCCCCGCAGACGAACGAGAGUAUGAGCAUGCCCGGGCAUGGUGCCGCGACUAGUGUGCGCAACGCCAACCAACAACACACUCAGUACACAACCUCGACCACGGCUGACACCCAAGAUCAGAGUAGAGACGCGACGUGCGGCGGGAGCGGUGGCCAAUCGCAAGGUCGCGAACUUUCAGGGAACAGAGGCGCAGUGGGCUCGGUAAUGUCCGCCAUCCAUGGUAGUUCAAAGGACAGCGAAGGUGCGAAGAGCCAGCCAGUUGCUACCAGCAGAACGAAUGAUCGCGGGGGAAUGUACACGAAGAGCUCUGACUUCAAAGAUAGCUACCGAAGGGAGUAG